AUUAUCAUUACAGUUUCUGUGGGAUAAAAGGAGCGUCGACAAAUGAUUAAGCUGUUUCGUCACGAGUGCGAUAAUGGGAGUUAUCUCAUGUAGAUAAUAUUUCCAUUCAAAAUAAAUAAUCUUCAGUAUUCUAACAUAUUUCUCAGUAAUUCUAGUGUAUCCAAAUGUGGCAGAAAAUCACCAAGUUAGGACUUACUAGGAUAACCCUAGCUAGAAGAUGGAAAAGUCACGCAGUAAGAAAAGUCGACAAGCUUCUUAUAGCAAACAGGGGUGAGAUAGCAUGUAGGAUAAUGAAAACAGCUAAACGUCUUGGCGUUAGAACAGUUGCAGUUUUCAGCGAAGCAGACAAGAAAUCGUUACACGUAGAAAUGGCAGACGAGGCAUACAACAUUGGGCCACCACCAAGUGCACAAAGCUACUUGAGGGGAGAUUACAUCAUAGAAGUAGCUAAAAGAUCCAAAUGCUCUGCUAUUCAUCCAGGUUAUGGUUUUCUUUCUGAAAAUGUUGAAUUCGCGGGAAGUUGCGAAAAAAAUAACAUCAUAUUUGUCGGACCACCAGCGUCGGCCAUAAGAGAUAUGGGAAUAAAAAGUACAUCUAAGGCAAUCAUGUCAAGAGCUGGAGUACCUGUGAUAGGGGGAUAUCAUGGCGAAGAUCAAAGUUUAGAGACUUUGUCAAAAGAAGCCAGUAAAAUUGGGUUCCCAGUUAUGAUAAAAGCAGUGAGAGGUGGAGGUGGCAAAGGCAUGAGAAUCGCUCUAACUGAGUCCGAAUUCGAGGAGGCGUUGGAAUCGGCAAAAACUGAAUCGCAAAAAUCCUUUGGCGAUUCCGUUGUACUCCUCGAAAAGUUUAUACAGGAACCGAGACAUGUGGAGGUGCAAGUUUUUGCUGACAAAUACGGCAACGCUGUACAUUUGUUCGAGAGAGACUGUUCGGUACAAAGGAGACAUCAGAAAAUUAUAGAGGAAGCGCCAGCACCAGGAGUUACCAAGAAGCUCAGGAAUGAUUUGGGAAAAGCUGCAGUUCAGGCUGCCAAAGCUGUAGGUUACGUUGGUGCUGGCACAGUAGAAUUCAUCUUGGAUAGGAACACUCACAAUUUUCAUUUUAUGGAGAUGAAUACCAGGCUACAAGUUGAACAUCCCAUUACAGAAAUGAUUACUGGUACUGAUCUAGUUGAAUGGCAGCUGAGGGUAGCGUCAGGUGAGGAGCUUCCUCUUGCUCAAGAUCAAAUAAAACUUAUGGGACACGCUUUUGAGGCCAGAAUCUACGCAGAAAAUCCGAGGGAAGGUUUCCUUCCAGGAGCUGGAAACCUAAAAUAUCUUGUUCCUCCACAGGAGUCUGAACAUAUACGUAUUGAAACAGGGGUAAGACAAGGUGACGAUGUAUCAGUAUUUUACGACCCAAUGAUUGCAAAAUUGGUAGUCUGGGGAGAAGAUAGAUCCAUAGCCCUGGCAAGAUUACGAAAAAAUCUUUUGGAAUACAAUAUUGCUGGUCUAGAGACUAAUGUUAACUUCUUACUCGAACUAACCAACCACAAAGAAUUCAAAAAGGGUCAUGUUCACACCAAUUUCAUCAGAGAUUAUCACGACAGUUUGUUUCCAAUGGUGAAUACAACGGAAAAUGAAAAGAUUCAGGCAGCCUUGGCGACAAUCCUGUUUGAAAGAAAAGUAAAUGAAGGAAGAUCGACGAAAAACCCAUUUGUCUUGGAGUCAAAUUUCAGGGUGAAUCAUUAUCACGUUCGAAAUUUAUCGAUUGUUUUUGACAAAGAAGAAAUACCGGUACAGGUGAAAUUUAUAGGAAGAAAUAAUUUUGAAGUUUCCUUAAAUGAUGGGAUGACUUGGCAUACCGUCUCUGCCGAUCUGAAGAAAAUGAAUGCAAAAACGUUACUGACUACCACAAUAGAUGAUUUAAAAUCAGCUUGCUCUGUCUUUCACUACGAAAAUAAAGUUAUACUUUUCAACGACAAUGGCAAAAAGGAAUUCAGCUUGCCCCAUAUGGUUCAACAAACGGAAACAGAAGAUGAUUUGACAACAACAUCCAGCAAAGCUGUAUCUCCAAUGCCUGGAAUAAUAGAUAAAAUUUUCGUUGGGGUAGGCGACACUAUCAGAAAAGGAGAUAAUCUUUUUGUAUUGAUUGCAAUGAAAAUGGAACACAUUGUGAAAGCUCCAAGGGACGCUAAAGUGGCUGGAGUUCAUUUCAAACCUGGCGAUAACAUUGCGAAAGAUGCUGUAGUUGUGGCUUUCGAAGAAGAGGUUUGAUAGAUUUUUUGAAUUGUACAUUUUUUGAUAAAAUAAAUAAUAUAAAACCAA